UGUUGUUUUGUGUGAAGCUGGAGAAGCCUGUAAAUAAAUUGCGAUCAAUUCUGCUCUGUCGUCACACCAACUUGACUUCAACACAGCUUCUCUUUCUCUAAUCUUUUUAUAUUAUUCCUUCACUUUUCAAGAGCAUAUGAGUGAAGUGAAAGUCUUUUGUUUCCCUAAUGGCACAAGAUACUGUUUCUGGCGCUGAAUCGCCUCGGCGACGUUAUGGUCUAUUACGAGAUCAGGUUCAACUGGUUAAAAGAAAGGACUCUGAUCGCUAUGAAAUUGUUUCUAUCCAAGAUACUUUGUCCUUUGAGAAAGGAUUCUUCAUAGUUAUUCGUGCAUGCCAGUUGUUGGCUCAAAAGAAUGACGGAAUCAUAUUAGUAGGAGUUGCUGGUCCCUCCGGAGCAGGGAAAACUGUUUUUACUGAGAAGGUUCUCAAUUUUAUGCCAAGCAUAGCUGUCAUAACAAUGGACAAUUAUAAUGACGCCAGUCGAAUCAUAGAUGGCAACUUUGAUGACCCUCGGUUGACAGAUUAUGAUACCUUGCUCGAAAAUAUACAGGGUCUUAAAGCAGGGAAGGCUGUUCAAGUUCCAAUAUAUGAUUUCAAGUCUAGUUCUCGCAUAGGUUACAGGACUGUUGAAGUCCCUCGCUCCCGUAUCGUAAUCAUAGAAGGCAUCUAUGCUUUGAGCACAAAAUUACGACCUUUGCUUGAUCUCCGUGUGUCUGUCACGGGUGGAGUUCAUUUUGACCUUGUCAAGCGUGUUUUGCGGGACAUUCAACGUGCUGGUCAAGAGCCUGAAGAAAUAAUUCAUCAAAUCUCUGAAACGGUAUAUCCUAUGUAUAAAGCUUUUAUUGAACCAGAUCUCCAAACAGCACAUAUAAAAAUUAUUAACAAGUUCAAUCCAUUCUCUGGAUUCCAGAAUCCCACUUACAUAUUGAAGUCAGCAAGAGCUGUGACAGUUGAUCAAAUCAAGGCAGUUAUUGCUGCAGAGCAUACUGAAACCAGGGAGGAAACAUAUGACAUAUAUCUUCUUCCCCCUGGGGAAGACCCUGAAGCAUGUCAAUCAUAUUUGAGGAUGAGAAAUAGGGAUGGAAAAUACAAUCUCAUGUUUGAGGAAUGGGUUACAGAUAGUCCGUUCAUAAUAUCACCUAGAAUUACUUUUGAGGUCAGUGUGCGCCUUCUUGGAGGGCUGAUGGCCUUGGGAUACACAAUUGCAGCUAUCCUGAAAAGAAGCAGCCAUGUCUUUUAUGAUGAUAAAGUGUCCAUUAAAACUGAUUGGCUAGAACAACUUAAUCGCCUAUAUGUUCAGGUGCAAGGUAAAGAUAGAAACUACGUUAAAUUUGUGGCAGAAAAACUGGGGCUGGAUGGUUCCUACGUUCCUCGCACUUACAUUGAACAAAUUCAGCUAGAAAAGCUCGUGAAUGAUGUCAUGGCACUGCCAGAUGAUCUUAAGACAAAACUCAGCAUAGAUGAUGAUUUGGUUUCGAGCCCCAAAGAAGCCCUUUCCCGAGCUUCUGCAGAUAGGAGAAUGAAGUAUCUGAAUCGUGGUAUUUCACACUCAUAUUCAAAUCAAAGGGAUAAGAUUCUACCCAAACUGACUAAACUUGCUAUAAAUAAUAGAAGAUUCGAUGGGAGAGCGCUAGAAUCACCUGUGCCGAUUGCUAACCAAGGAGUCAUCACUCAGCUUUCUGAUCAAAUUUCCACAUUAAACGAAAGAAUGGAUGAAUUUACCUCCCGUAUUGAAGAGUUGAACUCAAAGUUUGCUAUCAGAAAAGUUUCAGCCAGUCAACAAAACUUGGCUUUGCAGGCUGAGGCCUGCAAUGGCUCAGGUCCCACUUCUUUCUUUGUAACUGGAUUAGGCAAUGGUUCGUUGACUGGAUCUUUGCUACCGAACUCUUCAUCAUCUUCCCAAUUGGCUAAAGAGUCUCCCUUGAUGGAAGAGGUAUUACUUAUUUCACGUGGACAACGUCAAAUCAUGCAUCAGCUGGACACUCUGAGCAAUCUUUUACAUGAAUACUGUGGAGAAAGGUCACGGCAGGGAAGAGGAGAUCAGCCAGCUAGAAUGCGUGAAGUUGAAUCCGUUGCCAUCCCCCUGGUGCUGACUCUGGUCAUUGGUGCUGCUGGUAUGUUUUUGUUCAGGGGUUCGACAUCCCAAAAAUAAUGUGUAUAUGUUUUGUUUCUUGUAAUCGCCAGUUAUGAGAGAAACCUCGUAAGUAUAUCUAAAGGGUUUCUGAAAAGUGAAAAUAUUUACCAUAUGCGAGGGCUGCUUCACAUCAAGUGGUAGGGGACGGCCUUAGUGGGCUGAUGGUAUAUUUUGGCAUUUACAUAAGGUGUAGUAAUAUAGAACUGUAAACGUACUCAAUAUUAUAAGCUUCUGCGUGUAUAUCUUUGUUCUCGCUGAAAUAAUUCGUCCCCAUGGAGGAAUAAACUUGCAUAUAAUAUGUUCAUCGUUCGCAUGAGCAUAUAUAUAAUCUGUUCUUCAUUCUCAUGAGCAUUUUCUGAGGACAUUUCAUCAAUGAAUACUAGCAACAGGUAAAACUUUUUUAUUAUGAUUGACCAUCUUUUAAAAACGUCAAAAGUGAUUUUAAAAAAGAAUCAAUUUUCAAGACAAGUUAUUUUAAUUAUUUUAAAAAAAUAAACCAAAUAUUAAUAGUAUCCAAUAGAAUAUAUCUAAAAGAGUGUUACAGUAUUUCUUUUCAUUUUAUGACAUUUAAUUUUUCUAACAUAGAUUAAAAAACACAUAAGUAAUGAAAUGAAUAAUUUAAUUUUUAAUAAAAACUUAUUAUAUAAAAAAAUAAAUGAUCAUAUAUCCUUGAAAACGUUAAAAAAAUUUUGACUUUUUGUUGAAUAGAUCAACUGCCUUAUUGUUUAGGCGAAAUCAGCGUUUGCUGGAAGGAAGCAAAUUUUCCUUUGCUAGACUUGUUAGGAGAUGCGAUAUGUUCAUAUUUUUUUAUGGUCACUCACAUCCAAAACAACAUAAUGAACGCACUUGAGUUAUAUCGGUUUGUUUAAGGCAAUGAUUAAGAGUAUAUUCUUGAACAUAUAUCAACAAGUUUUAAAAUAUUAUCUGACAAAAUAUGACUCUAAUUAAGAUUGCUUUGCCUUUCUCAUGGGAAAGCGAUGACUCUAGUGGAUUGAUCAAAGAUAAGCCUUCAUGACAACACAAUGAUGGGCAAGGUAGUAAAAUAAUGAAAUCCAUACAUCAAUUAAAAGCUACACUACCGAUGUGUUAAUCCAGCUGGAACAAAAGUACGGAUAUAUGUGUGCAUGUUUCAAAAAAGUGAAGCUGUAAGCUCAGUAACAUCCGAUACAACUUGAUCAUAAUCUGACUUAAGUUUCUCUUGUUCCCCUUGCUCUAUUUCACCCUUUGCAGGCUUCGUCAUUACCAAAACACAGCAAGUAGGCCUCUUUGUUGCCCCUGCACUUGCAAGGUCCUGGAAAACAAUAUAAAUGAAGUAUAUAAACUUUCAUGUACUACAGUAAUUGGAGUUCCUUUUACACUAUCAUAUAG